AUGACUACAGAUGGAGGGGUUAUUUUGAGAAGGAUUGACGGAUCAGUCGAUUUUUAUAGAUCGUGGGAUUCGUACAAAGACGGGUUUUGGAACGUUAAUGGAGAAUACUGGCUAGGUAACAAAGCCAUUCAUAUUCUUUUGACGAAUGAAAAGCAAGAAUUGAGUGUAGAUCUUCAAAACUUCUCAGGCAAAAAAGCAUUUGCCAAAUAUUCAUCAUUUUUAGUGGGAAACGAAUCCCAAAAAUUCAAGUUGACAGUUAGUGGGUAUAGUGGAACUGCAGGGGAUAGCCUAGCGCUUCAUAAUGACAGAGCGUUUUCCACGAAAGAUGAAGACAAUGACACGUGGAGUAAAUCAUGCGCUGUGCUGGUAAAAGGAGGAUGGUGGUUCAAACAAUGCAAUUUCAGGAAAUUUGAGGCUCUGCUGAAGUUGACCCCCUGGAACUGGAAACACCUGAACACAUCAGUCAAAGUGGACACUCCAGUCUCUGUUGAUAUUUCUCUUCUGUCUUACUAUAAUAGGCUUACUGGGAGACACUUCAGCAAGUAUAAGAAAUUUCAAAAAUACAGGGAAUGUGCAUCAAUUGUAAAAUUCAUACCAAACACAAAAGGGAAAGAUGGAGUCUACACUAUAUACCCUGAUAUGAAGACAAAGAAGGUGGUGUACUGUGACAUGACUACGGAUGUAGGGGGCUGGGCGGUGAUACAAAGGAGGAUUAACGGAUCAGUAGAUUUCUAUAGAUCUUGGAAAUCCUACCAAGACGGAUUUGGGAACGUUUAUUCAGAAUACUGGUUAGGCAAUGAAGCCAUUCAUAUCCUUACAACAAAGAAAAAACAGGAAUUGAGAAUAAAUGUUCAAAACUUCUCUGGAAGCAAAGCAUUUGCCAAGUAUUCGUCAUUUUCUAUUGGAAACGAGUCCCAAAAAUACAACUUGACCUUGGAUGGGUACAGUGGUACUGCAGGGGAUAGCUUUGGACAGCACAGUGGUGGACUGUUUUCCACGAAAGCCCAAGACAAUGACUCGUGGGGCAAAUCAUGUGCUGUGGUAUAUAAAGGCGGAUGGUGGUUCAAAAGCUGUCUAAAUUGUGACCUAAACAGACCUUACCACAGAUCUGCUGUACAAAAGUGGGCCUCUGUUGUAUGGUACCAAUUUGGAAAUGAAAAUCGUUCCUUGAGGAAUAAAAGGAUGAUGAUCAGGCUUAAGAGCAAUCUG